GUUUGGAGAGCCAAUGGGGGACACUCAUGGCUGGAUCCAGUGCUUCUCCAAGAAAUACCCGGGAGUCCCCUAUUUUUUCAAUCUGAGGACAUCAGGGACCACGUGGAUCAGACCCCUCGGAGGAAGCGUUUGCAUCCCCAUUUUCAUCAGAAAUAAAGAAAGCGUAGAAUCAUCUCCAUCAGUGAGGAAGUGGAAAUCACCGGGAUGGAAUAGCCCCACGAUGAUAUCGUCUUCAGAGGAAGAAAAUGAUGACGAAAUGAGGGACCAAUGGAAAAUCAAUUCCACUCAAUCAAAUUGCGCGAGGAAAGACUGGAAAUCGGGACUACCUCGACAUCUGUGGAAUUCUGAUGGAAAUUGGAAAGGGAGUGGUGGAGCCUACGAGGUGCAUUCCAAGGAUAAUGUCCUGGAGAAUUCCUUGGAAGAUUCUGGAACUGAUGGUGAGGAUAAAGCGAAUGAUUCGACUGAAAAUCAUCGACACCCACCAAAACCCCAGGAAAAUCAGAGAAUAAAGGAAAUAGUUUUGGACUCCAUUUUGAAAUGAUUGUGUCACUCAAAAUGGCAGCGACUUCUCGUGGAAUAAAGCAGGAGUGACAAGAUGAGUUAUCAAGUGUUGAAAAAUAAUCUACAACCCUGAAGACAGGUGUAAAUCCAAUGUUUCUACGAUUCUUGAUAAUUUAAUAUUAGAAAUGAGACAGUCUUCAUCUAUUCCACAACCUCACGUCCAUACUUCUCAUCGUAGAAUAUAUUAUUUCAAGCAUGUCCUAUAAAUAUUUCUGCCACGUACCUCUCCACAUGCGGGCACAACAAGUUGAUGAUAAAAGUGAAUAGAUUUUUUGUCACUGCCACCUAGUUCAGUCAUUCAUAUGAUAUUUUUUCCCCUUCCUUUAUUAACAUACGGAGUGGGUCGACAGUGCAUUUUUUAUUUUGUUACUUUAGUGCUUUACCUCUGAUUAGAAAAAUGACUUUAGUUUAAAAAAUCUGGUACUGCAUACA